AUGACGGCUCCCGUUGUUGAAGUCGCUCGGCUGCAAGAUGCCCCCGCGCUCGCCGAAGUCUUCUUCAAGGGCUUCAACGACGAGUUCUUUCACACACUGUUUCCUCGGAAUGAAUUUGGACGAGACUACAUGAUCAAAGCGUAUGAGGGGUUCAUGCUCUCGAAACAGAACAACAGCCAAGAAGGCCAAGUCUUCGUCGUGAGAAAUGAGAAAGGUGGUGUUGCCGCAAGUGCUCUCAUCUGGAUCAUCCGGCCAGAAGACAACGGGACCUGGUCAUGGCGAAAGCGAUGGCCGGCCGCAAAUGCUGGGCAGAAAGAUGAGCUUCUAGACCAGUUCUUCACCGAUAUGGCCACUCAGCACGAGUCCAUCAUGGGCAAGGAUCCGCACAUCUACUUCGAGUUAAUCGUGACGGAUCCUGCCUACCAACGGCGAGGUUAUGCUCUCGCGCUGUUGCAUCACGCGUCCCGGAUCGCUGAUGAUCUUGGCUACCGCAUGUACCUCGACUCCGAAAAGGACGUCAGGCCACUCUACAAACGCGUGGGCUACGCUGUCAUUGACGGCGUGGAGCAGACUUCACCUAUGGUUCCCAUGGUGCGACCGGCCAAGGCAUGA